AUGGCACGAAAGCUGCGGUUCUUCAAAGAUCAAAUGUCAAAGGCGGGUACCACAUGGUCAUUAAAUAUCUUUUUCAAUCAAUAUCAGUCUUCAUCUUCUUUAUAUUCUGCCAUAUCAAGUGAUGGAAAAUUUAGUCCUAUGUCAUUGUCUGGAGGUGAAUAUCGAGGUCUGGUGAAUUCAGUCGCAUGUCAUUGUCAGGAGGUAGAUUCAGUCCCAUGUCAUUGUCAGGAGGUAAAGAAAGGUGGAAUGCCACCUGGACCUCGUGCUGGUUUCUCUAUGUUGGCACAUCUUGAUCAACCCUCCAUAACCUUCACAACUUCCAACUUUAAUCCACUACUUAGCGGUGAAGGUGGUGGUGGUCCUAUUCCUUUUGAUCUUUCAUUGCCUAUUGCUAAACAGGUUUCACAAUAUAUAGAAGGGUGUUGGAUUCAAAAGUUUAAAGAAAGCACAUACACAUUUCCUGAUCCUAGUAAGAAUGAUGAUGGUAGUAUAGGAUAUUCGGUUCUUCCCAACAACACUUGUCAGCAUGCUGCUCCAACCUUUGUCAAUUUAAUGAAUGAUGUAAUUCUUAGGCUUGCUACACAUAAUGGGAAUAUGACCAUACAAACACGUAAUCAUCCAAUGCCAAUGACAGAAAGUCAACACCUGCAACAUCAAGACCUGGAUGCAUUCUCUUUAACUAUUGUUGUGUAUUUAAAUAGUGAUUUCAUUCGUGCUUCAUUUGUUGUUCCUAUUGUGAAGGAGCAUGAAGUAAAAGUGAAACAUCAACAACUGAUUAGUGGGGUGACAAUGGAUCAUAGGCCUCCAUUCCUCACACUUGGGAUACCAGCUGCCUUUUAA